AUGAGUUCGCCUACCAAUGGUCAGAUCCUGCAGGUGGUCAGAGCUGCCAAUGGAGCUCAAUACAUCAUUCAGCCCCAGCAGCAAAUGGUGUUGCAGCAGCAGGUCCUGCCACAGAUGCAGCCUGGAGGUGUGCAGGCCCCCGUCAUACAGCAGGUGUUGACUCCUCUUCAGGGAGGCCUUCCCCAGCAUACCGGAGUCAUCAUCCAGCCGCAGCAGAUUGUCCUCACAGGAAAUAAAGUACCACAGAACACUCAGGUCAUGCAGGCAGCAGCGAUGGCUGUGCAGGCGGAACGGGGAGCUCUGCAUGUGCAGCCACAGCCUCAAGCACAGGCAUCGCAACAACAGCCACAGCAGCAACAGGCCUCGCAGCAACCUCCCAUGGUGCUCCAGGUGGACGGUGCAGGAGACACGUCCUCAGAGGAGGAUGAAGAGGAGGAGGACGUGUAUGAUGAGGACGAGGAUGAAGACAAAGAGAAAAAUGGUGGAGAGGAUGGUCAAGUGGAGGAGGAGCCAUUAAACAGUGGAGAUGACGUCAGUGAUGAGGAAGAUCAGGAGCUGUUCGACACUGAGAACGUGGUGGUUUGCCAGUAUGACAAGAUUCACAGAAGUAAGAACAAAUGGAAAUUUCACCUGAAAGACGGGAUAAUGAAUCUGAAUGGGCGGGAUUACGUGUUCUCCAAAGCCAUUGGAGAUGCAGAGUGGUAAAUGGUAAAGAACAAAACCCAGAACUGUCCACACUUAAGGCAAGACACAUCGAGACCUGAAACUGUACAUUUCAGGAGAUUCCCACUUCGGGGGCUGAAGAGUAACGUCCCAGUGCUACUGUGCUGUUUAAAUGAUAUCGGCACAAAAAUAACGUGUGCCAUCCAAGAGAUGUUUCUUUCCCCCCCUCCUUUUAAGAUGGCCCUUUUACCUGUGGAGUUUCACAGGAGUCCGUAACUUCUCUUUUAGAACAAUAUUCUUGCCCCUCAGAUGUAUGAAAACAUUAGGCGCAUGGAGCCAAUUUCAGCGCCUGGCGCUAACAUAAGUUGACUCUGGUGUGUUAAGACGGCCAACUGUGCGUGUUCGUUGGUGAUUUCCGUAGCUAGGUCAGCCAUCUGAAUCCUGUGUAAAGCGAAUCGUCCAACACGAGGACUAUUUCAUCACCAUUGGCCACCUUGUACAAACACUAAAAACAAGCAACCAAGAACUGUUCCAAUAAUUUCCUUUCGUAUUUGCUAUGUUUUUAGACCUUUGUAUGUUCAACAGCAGAGAUACCAAUGAAAACAGGCAAGUUAAGUUUAACGUUGUCGGUCUCACUAAAUUGUUCUCGUGUUUGUGCGUCUGUCAUGGAUUUUUCUAACUGUACUCUGGCUAAAGAUCUGCUCUGUCAGUAUGAUGCAUGUUUUGGGGCUGUGCAUCACAGAGCUUGUGUUGUCCUGCGUGUGUUUGUGUGCAAUCCAUUGCGUUAGGUGUCAAUGACGUGCUCGGUCAGGCCACCCUUCAUUCUUUACUUGCGGUCAGGCUUAUUUUACACAUUUCUAGUAGUUUGUAUUUAUUCCCGAAGCUCAGGCAGCGUUGAAUUUCGGGGGGUGAAACCGAACUGUGCUCUUAAUGAAAGAAGUUUUCCUUUCAGCCCAUUCUCUGCUGUGGAGGAUUUCAGCACCUGAUUCUGUGCAUUGUGGAGCUUUGUUAGGGUGUUUUUUUAUAUAUUUUUUUUUGUCCUCCAUAUUUUGUUUUAUAGUAUUUAGUCUGACUUUUUAAGCCGUGCCCUCAUACAGUCUGCGAAAUGACAGGUUGUUGUGUUCUGUGUCUGUAUGUUCAUCAGUUGAAAGUAUUGAUACGUUUUGUUAAAUUAUGUCCAUGCUACGUUUGUUCGAUGAAAUGGCUUGGACUAGUUUUGGGGCUUUUUUUAUUUUUUUUUAGUGUAGUUCAUUAUGCUCCUUGUUUGUGCCUUUCAGAUUUAAUUUAGGUAUCAGGUCUUUUGUCUAAAGGGGAGAGCCUUUAGCAAAUCUUACGAACUGUACAUUUCGCUUUGCUUUUCUAAUGGUAAGUAAAGAAUACUUCAGAACUACUAUCUGGGAUAUGUGAGGGAACAAUGUUUAUUCAUAUACUGUUUUACCAAUCAAACUGCUCUGUCUCUGAUUCUCAUCUCUAUGAAGGUUGUGUGUUAUGUAAGUAGAGAUCUUUAGUAUUUUGUUGAAACAUUGAGUUUUAUUAUUUUUGCCUUUGCUGAACUUUAUUAAAGCACUAUUAAAAUGGACUCUCAUUUUUGAGCUA